GGACUGGGUGGGGAAACUGGCGUACGUGCCCUCGUGGGACUCGAUCAACGGCUACUACGAGUCCACGUCGAAAUCGGUGGGUUCGUGGCUGAGCACCUCCUCAUCGGAAGUUGUGGUGAUGGUGCCCAAGCCGAAGGACCCUCGAGCAAGCACAAACAACGCAGGUCCAAUCCAAGCAGACAAAGGAGGGAAUCAGAACGACAUGGAUCCGAUUGCGACACUUUCCUUCUGGACGAGGAGGAAGAGACAUCUUUCGUGAGGCCUUCAUCACUGCUGGAUGGCGAGGAGAGGAUUCUGGGCUGCUUUGAAUCGAACUGCCACGUCCAAUUCGGUUGGAUGCAAGGCUACCGCGUAUGCGCCAGAUGCAAGCAUCACUUCUGCUACCGGCACUGCCGCUACAGGCGACGGCGCCCACAGCAGCCUACGACGCCGUCGUCGGACCCCAAGGCCACAGCAGCUCCGCCACCGCCCCACGACGGCGCCGUCGAGGACCUCCUGUGCCUGCGGUGCGCGCGGCUGGAGCCGCAGACCCUCGGGCACGUGAGGGACCACUCGACGGGGUACGCGAGCCUGCGCAACGAGAUCAGGUCGCUCGCGAGGAUGCGCGACGACGUGACGCUGAUGAAGCUCAGGCAGCUGUCGAAGGACCAGCACGACACCGCGCAACGCAGGAAGAAGCGGCAGGAGCGAAUGCAGCAGCGGGCCGACGCUGGCGAGGUGAAGGCGAUAGAGAGCGCGUUGGGCACCGUGACCAGCUCGGUGUCUCCGCUGAUCAAGUGGAGCUCGAGCGCCAUCAGCGAGUGGGCCUACGCGCCGGCCGACACCAUAUGCUCCUUUUGCGCACGGCCGUUUGGGUAUUUGUCGAUCGACAAGUACGUCUGUAAGUUGUGCGAUCGCGCCGCGUGCGAGGAAUGCUGUAAAUACGCCGUCAGCCUCGCCCGCUCCACCGUCAACCGAACAGCUCCGCUGGCGACCGAGGGAAGCGUGCGGUGCUGCAAGCAGUGCUCGCAGGUCAUCCGGCGACGGGAGGAGGUGCUCCACUUCCAGCAGAAGCUGCGCGAGUGCGAGGAGCACCCGCUCAAGCUGCUCUACGACGGCAUCGCGUCGAUGAAGGGCUCGAUCGACGCGGCCCUCGUGCAGUACUUUGACCUCAUCUCGAGCGUGGACAUCAUGGAAGGCUUCGCGGUGGUCGACGAGCUCGACGGGGUCUGGCCCCAUCAGCGCGAUGACGCUGCGGCGGAGGCGGACGAGGACCUGAUCGACCGAGACGACGUCGCCAUUGAGUGGAACGAAGGCGACGACGACAACGACGAAGAUGAUGACGAUGACGACAAUGAAGAGAGAGCUCGGCGCAAGACGAAGAGCAAGAAGACGAAAACAAAGAAGAGCGAAGGAAAAGCGAAGAAGAAAGCGAAGCCAGAGAAUGAGGAAGACGACGAAAUGCGACACCUCUCGGCCGAGCAGAUCGCCAAGCGCGACGAGUUGAAGAAGGCGCUGCUGGCGCUGCUGGUGGAGUACCAGCGAAGGGUGAGCGAGCUGGUGGCCUACAAGUGUCGCAGCGCCAAGGAGCUGCUCCUCGUGCGCGAGGUGCGCGUGGCCCUGUGGGAACACAAGAACGAAUGCCUCCUCCCCUUCCAGAAGACCCUCCCCGCGCCAGUCACACGAAGCGAGGGCGACCAUGAGGAGGAGAGUGAUGAUUUUGAUGAAGGCGAAGACUAG